AUGUCGUUGAAUCAACUAAGUCCGAUUGCUCAAGCGGAACUUGAGACUGGAACCACCACUCGUCCACCAAAGUUGAAAGGGGCUGAAGACUUUAGCACCUGGAAAACCCGCAUUCAGUCGUUCUUCGAAUACACGGAUUACAAUCUGUGGCUCUCGGUCACCGCUGGACCCCACAUUCCAACGGUAGUUCGAGGAGAUGCAGUAGUUGCUAACAAUGAUGCUACUACCUUCACUGAUGAAGACAAGGCUCUUAUCCAACGUGAUCGUCGUGCUCACGCUGCUUUAACCAUGGCUCUAUCUACAAACGACUGCAACAUGUUUGAGGAACACCGAACUGCCAAUGCACUCUGGAAUGCAUUGAUUGAGUACUAUGAAGGAAAUGAGGAACUGAUUGAAAGCAAGAGAGAUAUGGUGCAGAAGCAAUACGACAUGUUUUGUAGUGUUCGUGGAGAAAGCCUUUCUGACCACAUUAGUCGUUUUCUUAACAUGAUGACCAAAAUGAAGAAGGCGGGAAAUCCUGUCACAAAUCAUGCUGCCAUAAAGAAACUGCUUGAUUCACUCCCCAAGGAAUGGAGCCUACAAUGCAUGAUGAUGAAGAAGGAUUUCCUAAACAAUCCAAAUCAUGUCACUCUGUCUGAUCUGAUCAACACUCUAAGAGCCUUUGAAAUGGAUGUCAACAAAAGAGAGAUGAACACCGCUGGAUACCAACCAAAGUCAACUCAAACUUCAGCUGGAUUGAAGAAUGUGGCAUUUCUAGCAUCAGGAGGCAGUACUCCACAAGCUUCUGACUUAAUCUACGCAAAUGCUUCCGCAAGCGCAUCAAAAGCUCCACAACUUGUUGAGAAGACAAUCACUGUUGAUCCUCAAGCAUUGAAAGUAUCUACUGAAAAUGUGGCACUCUUCAACACAUUUUUGAGUAGCUACGAAGCCCUGAUGUAUGGAGAAUUGAAAAAGGAGAUGUUCACUGCUGAAGACAUGUAUCAGAAUCUAGGACACUUCAAGCGCAAUUGUCCUCUGUUGAAAGAAGGAAACAGUGAAACCACUACUGCUGUAAAGCAAAUCACUGUUGAAGAGAACAAAAACAAUGCAUCUCCCAGCACGCCAAAAGCUUUAGUCGUUGAAGACUAUGAUUGGAGUGAAGAAAUCACUGAAGCAAAGGAGCAAGUUAACAAAGCCCUGAUGGCCAAGAUCUCAGGUGGAUCAUCUACAAGGCAGUUUGAGAAGCAGACAGCUGGAAUUCCGACUGGAGACAAUGCUGCUGACAAGGGAUUGAAAAGCAUUCUUACUUCAGUGGAGCCUUGUGAUCAAACAGAGAAGUAUGUUGCUAAAGAGACAUCUGAAAAAGGUAAGGAUAAGGUCCAAGCGACAGCCAUGAAAGCUGAUUCAUCAAAGGAAAAGGCUGACAAGGACUUGGUAAACAAAUUGAAAAAGAAUAGUUUCGGAAAAUUCCUCACAAAGGAAAUUCCCGAAUUUAUUCCUUCUAGAACAGGUGUGAAAGAUUCAGAAAAGAGUGUCUCUGAAGAUCAUGGAAAUGAAGAUUCAAACUUUACUGUCUCAGAAGACGUGCAAGGAUCAGAAAGUUCUGAAUGUUCAAGUGAAGAUUCAAGUGAAGAUUCAAGUGAAGAUCAAUCCACCAAUGAUGAAAGCUCCGAAUGUUCAAGUUCUGAAACCAUUGAAGAUCAAGACUCAGAAAGUCCAAACAAAGAUCAAAUUUACAAUGAGUCAAAUUACGAAGCAAGUGAAGAGCAAAGCUCAAGUGAGGACAGCAUGUCUGAAAGCUCAUCCGAUUCAGACAAUGAUGAAGAACACUCAGAAGAUGAAAGCAGAAAUAAAUUGCAGAAAUGGCUUCGGAUGCUCAUGGAAUACAUUUGGCACGUCGACAGCGGAUGUUCAAGGCACAUGACUGGGUUGAAGGAAUUGCUGAAGAACUUUCGCUUUAUUGAUGGUGAUUUCGUAUCUUUUGCUGGAGACGAGAAGGGAGGAAAGAUUGUUGGAGUAGGAGAUGUAGUGUCCGAAGCCCUCACGCUUGAGACUGUCAACUAUGUUCCAGAGCUGUGUUACAAUCUCAUGAGUGUCUCUCAAGUCUGCGAUAAAGGAAUCUCGGUGCUUUUCAAUGACAUGGAAUGCUUGUUCCUGAAGCCCGGUUAUGUUGUUCCUGCAGAAAUGAUCAUGCUCACUGCUCCAAGACAGAACAACACAUACGUGCUCAACAUGAAAAAUGCCAAGACAAAUGACAACUUAACCUGCUUAAUCUCCAAAGCUUCAGAAUCGGAGUCACUGCUUUGGCAUAGACGACUGGGCCAUGGAAAGCAGCAUAAGAAACCGCACAAGUCCAAAGCAGUGAACACGAUAUCUGCACCACUUCAAUUGUUGCAUAUGGAUCUCUUCGGUCCUAUUAGUAUGAUUUCUCUCGGUUUUCAUGGGUAUAUUUUCUUGAAGCAAAAAAGCGAGACAGCUGAAGUCUUAAAAUCAUUCAUUCCGCUGAUUGAAAACGUGACCAAGCUAAAAGUGAAGUCUAUCAGAAGCGACAACGGGUCCGAGUUCAAAAAUCAGACCUUCAUAUCGUACUGUGCAGAAAAGGGAAUUCAUCUCCAAUACAGUGCAGCCAGAACUCCGCAACAAAAUGGAGUUGCUGAACGCAAGAAUAGAACGCUGAUCGAAGCUGCACGAACCAUGCUGGUGGACUCAAAGCUUCAAUUAUCUUCUGGGCAGAAGCAGUUAAUACGGCAUGCUACGUUCUAA